AUUUACAGCGCAACUCGACGCCGAAUCUUAGAACGAUUUCUGAAGAUAAGCUUUGAAGCUGCAUACUUCAGCUACAUAACAGAAGCCAUAAACCAUAAUUCAUACAGCUUGAGGAAAAAUCCCAAGUAAAUCGCCGAGAAUUGCAAACUUCCCCACCAAAUAGAGCGACGCAGAGAAAUACACCACACAAAUAAUGGAUAUCCGACGCCUCGAACCGCGGGACAUCCCGCUAAUCCAGCAUGCCAACUUAGAGAACCUCCCCGAGAAUUACUUCAUGAAGUACUAUCUAUACCAUGCCUUAUCCUGGCCGCAACUCAGUUAUGUCGCCGUCGACGUAUCACGACCGAAAAAGACACCCUACGACUACCCCAAGAUCGUAGGCUACGUCCUAGCUAAGAUGGAAGAAGAACCCACCGACGGCGUUCAACACGGUCACAUCACCUCUCUCUCCGUUAUGCGAACCCACCGGCGACUAGGUAUUGCCGAGAAACUUAUGAGACAAAGUCAACUAGCAAUGGUCGAAACCUUCGGCGCGCAAUACGUCAGUCUCCACGUCCGCGUAUCCAACAAAGCCGCCAUCCACCUCUACACCAAGACCCUCGGCUUCGACCAAGAAAAGACCGAGUCCAAGUACUACGCCGACGGCGAGGACGCGCACUGUAUGCGUCUCGACCUCUCCACGAUCCGCGAGCAGAUUCGCGAUGCCCAGCUAGAAGCCGAUGACGAUGAAGAGGCCCAGGAUGAGGGCGAACCAGUCGGCGAUGCGGGGAAGGCGGAGGAUGGUGCGGAUAAAAAGGCGCCUAAGGAGACGAAGAGGAAGGUUAAGGUUGGUCGUGCGUUGGGUGUGCAGGCGUUGGUUGAGAAGGAUGAGAGUAAACAUGCAUAGACGUGUUACUGUGAAGAAUAUGAACUGGACGACAUCAUAUUACAAUAAAAAGGGGAUCGAUAAAGGGAUGUGUACGGGGAUUAUAUCCGGGCUUCUUAUACUGGCAAGAGUCGUCAGUGUAUAGCACUAUUUGGGAGGUAGCAUUUGGACUUGGGGAUCGGAAAAAGCCAGCCGGCGUAUGUUCUCUAGGGAUUAUGUUACGAGUCCGUAUUUUACAUUAGACACUUCACCUGCUGAGAUAGAUUCGCA